GCUCUGUUAGAUCCGAAUGAAGGGUUUUUUUUUUUGGUAACGGAAAAAGAACUCAAACCCUAAGAUGAAUUUUCCCGCCAUGAACAACGGGAGACAAACUCCGGCGAUGGAGACGGCGGCGGACUCAAGUUCGAGUGCUUUCUCGUUCAUUUCGAAAGGGUGGAGAGAAGUACGUGAUUCGGCCGACGCAGAUUUACGGCUCAUGAAAGACCGAGCGAACUCGUUCAAGAAUAUCGCAGCGAGUUUCGAUAGGGAAAUUGAGAACUUGAUUUACUCAGCGACACCGACUUUUACGGUACCGCCGAUCCGACAAUCUUCGGAGAUCGAAUUCAUGAAGAAACUUCAUCCUAAGAUGUCGGAGUUUCGUCGGGUUUAUUCGGCGCCGGAGAUUAGCCGGAAAGUGAUGGAGAAAUGUGGACCGAGGGCGAACUUAGGGAUAGAGUUGUCGAGAAUAAGGAGUACGAUCGCGGCGGAGGUGUUUGGAACCGUGGAGGAGGAUAUGAAAGGAAUUAUCGAAUUUAAUAAGGUGAGGAGUGAGAAGCUUAACGAGGAAGGGCAAUUUGGGGAAUGGGAACCAAUUCGAGUGUUGAAGACAAGGUUCAGGGAGUUUGAGAAGAAAAAUUCGACAGUUGAAAUUUUUGCUGGAUUUAAGAAGAAUGAGUUUGUGGAGAAAGUUAAGUCGAGUUUGAAAGCAAUUUGCAAGGAGCCUCAAGAGUCAAAGGAAGUACCACCGCUGGAUGUGCCGGAGUUAUUAGCAGUUUUGGUGAGGCAGUCUGGCCCUUUUUUGGAUCAAUUUGGCAUCAGAAGAAAUCUAUGUGACAAGAUAGUUGAAAACUUGUGCAGCAAACGGAAGAAUCAACUUGUUUUGCGCUCCCUUGUUGCAGGAGAACCCCCUGCUGUCGACCCUGAUAAGAUUAGCGAUGAACUGGAUUUAAGGAUAGCCAGUGUCCUUCAAAGUACAGGGCAUUGCAGUGAGAGAGGUGGCUCUUGGACAGACUUCAUGAAGCCUGAUGUUACAGAUGGGAAAAGGCAUGUUGCCAUUGUUACUACUGCCAGCCUUCCAUGGAUGACAGGAACUGCUGUGAACCCACUUUUUCGAGCAGCAUACUUGGCAAAAUCGGCAAAACAAAAAGUCACGCUCUUGGUUCCUUGGCUUUGCAGAUCUGAUCAAGAACUUGUUUAUCCAAACAAUCUCACUUUCGGUUCCCCAGAAGAGCAGGAAAAUUAUAUACGUAACUGGCUCGAAGAAAGCGUUGGUUUUAAGGCUGAUUUUAGAAUCUCCUUUUAUCCAGGAAAGUUUUCGAGAGAAAGGCGAAGCAUAAUACCUGCUGGAGAUACUUCUCAGUUUAUCCCAUCAAAAAAUGCUGACAUUGCUAUUUUGGAAGAACCAGAACACUUGAACUGGUACCAUCACGGUAAACGCUGGACUGACAAAUUCAACCAUGUUGUUGGUAUUGUCCACACAAAUUACUUGGAAUACAUUAAGAGGGAGAAAAAUGGUGCUCUACAGGCUUUCUUUGUGAAACACAUCAACAAUCUGGUCACUCGAGCACAUUGCCACAGGGUUCUUCGUCUUUCUGCUGCAACUCAAGAUAUGCCAAAGUCUGUGAUUUGCAAUGUUCACGGUGUAAACCCGAAGUUUUUGAAAAUAGGAGAAAAAGUUGCUGCAGAAAGGGAACUUGGGCAGCAAGCUUUUUCUAAAGGUGCAUACUUCUUAGGCAAGAUGGUUUGGGCAAAAGGAUACAAAGAGCUGAUAGAUUUGCUGGCAAAGCACAAGAAUGAUCUCAAUGGUUUCAAGUUGGAUGUCUACGGGAACGGUGAGGAUGCACAUGAAGUUCAGAGUACCGCUAAGAGGUUGGAUUUGAAUCUUAAUUUUCAAAAGGGAAGGGACCAUGCAGAUGAUUCUCUUCAGGGGUACAAAGUCUUCAUAAACCCUAGUGUCAGUGACGUGCUCUGCACAGCUACUGCGGAGGCACUUGCAAUGGGAAAAUUCGUAGUAUGUGCAGACCAUCCAUCGAACGAGUUCUUCAGCUCAUUUCCCAACUGUCUAACUUACAAGACACCUGAAGACUUUGUUGCUAAAGUGAAAGAAGCACUAGCAAAUGAGCCUCAACCGCUGACACCGGAACAAAGAUACAACCUAUCAUGGGAGGCUGCAACCAAAAGAUUUAUAGAAUAUUCAGAGCUCGACAGAAUCUUGAAUAACGAAUAUAGCGCUACAACAAUUAGAAAAUCAAACGGAAAAGCAAUUGCAAGAUCGGUUUCAAUGCCAACCCUCUCAGAGAUGGUCGAUGGAGGAAUAGCAUUUGCUCACUAUUGUCUUACAGGGAAUGAAUUCCUUCGACUUUGCACUGGAGCAAUACCAGGUACUCGGGAUUACGGAAGACAACAUUGUAAAGACCUUCAUCUCUUACCUCCACAAGUCGAAAGUCCAAUCUAUGGCUGUUAUCUUUAAGAAGUAGCCUCCAGCAAGUACGAAGUUCGGAUUCCAUCGUUCCUUCUUUCUUUCGAAGAAAAAAAAUACAUAUAUUAGUUUCUGAGGACUGGAAUCUAUAUAGCCUUUCCACUAUUGUUUCAUAGAUUACAAAUAUUUAGAUAGAUAGAUGAUGAAAUUGAAUGAUUCUCUGGUGUAAGUAAAUUAUGAUUUUACAUGUCAGCGCAAGCUGUGUAAUAAAAUGGUGGCAAUUUUCCAUGUUA